CACUCAUUGUGUUUGUUGCUUAAAGCUUGCACUCACUCUUCCCUUAUCCCAUAUCUUUCUUUUCCUCUUUCCCUUUCUCUCUCAAAAAAAGAAACCAAGAAAACCAGCUACCAGCUCCAUCUGAAAGAUGCUAGUGAUAUGCUAGCUAGCAAUAGCUUAGGGAGAAAUGGAUAAAUAGUUUUUCUUUAUUCAACGAAAAGUAGUAAAAGAAAAGAGGGAAGCGAGAGCCCACAAAGGGGCUCAACUCAAUUGAGGGUCAUCCAAAGCUAGAUAGAUGUACUACUAGCCCUUUAGCCAAAGAAUAUAGUAUUUCUUUUACUAGUAUAUGAGCAUGGAUGCUGAUAAUGCUCAUCUUGUUGUUAAUGCAAUUCGCAGGUCAAAUUUCCCACUUCAACUCCUAGAGAAAAGAGAUCUUCAUCAGCCAUCUAAUUGCUCUACCUCCAUCUAUCCCACCUUAGCCAUCGGUUCCAAUUCUACUACUUCUACUACUCCGGUUGAUGCUGCUGAAACCAGUGGUGCAGAUCGGCUCGAGGCAGCAGCUAACAAGAAGACUCAGCCUAAAAGAACUUCAACAAAAGAUAGGCAUACUAAGGUAGAGGGCCGUGGCCGACGGAUCCGCAUGCCAGCUACUUGUGCUGCAAGAGUUUUUCAGCUUACUAAAGAAUUAGGCCACAAGUCCGAUGGUGAAACAAUUGAAUGGUUGCUACAACAAGCCGAGCCAGCAGUUAUUGCCGCCACGGGGACUGGAACCAUCCCGGCCAAUUUCACUUCCCUUAACAUUUCUCUGCGAAGCUCAGGCUCGAGUAUAUCAGCUCCUUUGAUCAGGAAUUCUUACUUGAAUCAAAAUCUUGGGAUCUCCCAGUUGAGAGCUAUGGAAGAGUCGCACUCACAACAACAACGGCGGAUUUUUUACCCUGGGGUUAGUUUAUCCUCAGCUGAGAAUAAUAAUUCAUCGAUGUCAUUCAAUUUUCCCAGUGAAAGUAUGAAUGUGAAUGAUAUGUUACAUGCUAAGCAAGAGGUGCGUGAUCAAGCCGCUUGUCUUGAUGUGUCCGAUAGGAGGAUCAAAAGGAGGCCUGAUGAGGAAGAUCUGACAUGUUUGCAAAAUCAUAUUGGAAAUUAUAUGGUACAAUCGAGUUCAGGUUCCAUUGCUGCUAGUCAUCAAGGUCAAGUGCAGGCGGCUGCGUUUUUGAUGGUGACAAAUAAUCCUAGUAAUACUAGUACUAGCCAAUUGAUUAGGGGCCCUGAUUCUUUAUGGACAUUCCCCAGUAGUAUGACUGGAACUAAUCACAACUUAUUGCAUAGAGGUGGAGGAGCUUCAAUGUCUAGCAACGGACUACAUUUCAUGAAUUUUCCUACCUCAAUGGCCUUAUUGCCCGGUGUACAUGGGGCAAAUAAUGGUGGAGGAAGUUCUGGCGUGUUUGAAGGACAAUCAGGCAUGAUUGCCGGUUUAAACAGUUUAAGGCCGGCUGUCCCAGGUGGUGGAGCUUCUGAAGCUAAUCUUCAUCUCGGAGGAGAAGAAGAUUGGCAUGAUGCAACUACUAGUACUACUACUCACCACUCCUAGCUAAAUCAACCAAGUUUACUGCUUUAAUUAAUUUCUUGCUUUUUUUUUUUCUGUUACCCCUUCUUUUUGUGUACUAAUAUCGAUGCGUAUCAUCUAGGAUAGUCGAGACAUUAGGUCCCAGAUCGACACUCUUUGAAAGUUGACUUUGAUCUGUUGCUUGAUGCUGAGUAUUAAAUAGUAGUAAUAGCAUUAGGGUUUCUUGGGGAAAUUUUGAAGAGUUUAAGAGUGAAAUCUACUGCUGUUUGCCAAGGUCUCCUUUGGAGAAAAACUAUGGAGUGUCUUUUUCAGGCAUUACAUAUGUAAAUAUGCUGAUCUUUUCAAAAUAACACACAAAUGAUCAUGCUUUGCUUUCAAGUAA